AUGAGAAAUCAUACAACAGUGACUGAAUUCAUCCUGCUGGGAAUCCCCGGGACAGAAGGCCUGGAGAUGGCCCUUCUGUUCCUCUUCUCCUGUUUGUAUCUGUGCACCCUCCUGGGAAAUGUGCUCAUCCUCACAACGAUCAUCUCCUCCCCCGGGCUUCACGUGCCUAUGUAUUUCUUCUUGGGCAACCUCUCCGUCUUCGACCUGGGUUUCUCUACGACAACCGCUCCCAAGAUGCUGUUCUACCUUUCGGGAAACAGCCGUGCCAUCUCCUACGCGGGCUGCGUGGCCCAGCUCUUUUUCUACCAUUUCCUGGGCUGUACUGAGGCUUUCCUCUACACAGUGAUGGCCUGGGACCGCUUCGUUGCCAUAUGUUUUCCAUUGAGAUACACAGUCAUCAUGAACCACAGGGUGUGCUCUGUCUUGGCCACAGGGACCUGGAUGGGUGGCUGUGUGCACGCCAUUGUCCUAACUUCCCUCACGUUCCAGUUACCCUAUUGCGGCUCUAACAGGGUAAGCUAUUACUUCUGUGAUAUACCUGCCGUGUUGCCUCUCGCCUGUGAGGACACGUCCUUAGUGCAGAGAGUAGGUUUCAUAAAUGUUGGUCUUUUGUCUCUGCUUUGCUUUUUUCUCAUCCUUGUUUCCUACACUUGCAUUGGGAUCUCCAUAUCAAAAAUUCACUCAGCAGAGGGCAGGCACCGAGCCUUCUCCACCUGCAGUGCUCACCUCACUGCCAUUCUUUGUGCUUAUGGGCCCGUAAUCAUCAUCUAUUUACAGCCCCGUCCCAGUCCCUUGCUUGGUGCUAUAAUUCAGAUAUUGAAUAAUCUUGUAACCCCCACGUUGAACCCACUGAUCUACAGCCUGAGGAAUAAGGAUGUGAAGGCGGCCCUGAGGAAGCUUAUCUGCAAGUUCCUGUUUCUCCCCAGGCUUGUCCCCAGCAGUCAGCUGCUGGAAUAUCCGAACACUGGGAAGCCCCAGCUGCGUAUUCUGCUCACCGCAGCAACCUGGACAGCCCGCUGGCUGUGUGUCAAGCUGCUGACCCUUCGUUUUACAGUUACCCUUAAUCCACUUUCCAAAAGCAUUCCCAUGAAAUUUCUGAAGUUAACUUGUGACCUGUACAAACACAUCAAAAACCCAGAAGGAAGCUUUUCCUAA